GGCGUAUAAAGGUGGGUGCGGGCGGCCCCCGGGAGGGGAGCGGGGCCACGGCGGGCAGCGGGGCCAGGCCAUGCGGGAGCUGCGCUCGUCCUCCUUCUGGAGGGCCGUCCUGGCCGAGUUCCUGGGCAGCCUCCUCUACGCCCUGCUGGGGCUGGGGGCCUCGCUGCGCUGGGCCCCGGGCCCCCACGGCGUCCUGGGGGCCGCCCUGGCCUUCGGGCUGGCCCAGGCCACCCUGGUGCAGGCGCUGGGGCACGUCAGCGGGGGGCACCUCAACCCGGCCAUCACGCUGGCCUUCCUGCUGGCCUCGCAGCUCUCCCUGCCCCGCGCCCUGGGCUACCUCCUGGCCCAGCUGCUGGGCGCCCUGGCCGGGGCCGGCGUCCUCUACGGGGUGACACCGGCCCCCGUGCGCGGCACCCUCGGCCUCAGCGCGCUGCACCCCAGCGUGGGCCCGGGCCAGGGCACGGUGGUGGAGCUGCUCCUGACCGCCCAGUUCAUCCUCUGCGUCUUCGCCAGCUUUGACGACCGCCACGACGGGCGCCCGGGCUCGGCCGCGCUUCCCGUCGGCUUCUCCCUCGCCCUCGGCCACCUCUUCGGGAUCCACUACACGGGUGCCGGCAUGAACCCCGCGCGGUCCUUUGCCCCCGCCGUCAUCACCCGCAACUUCACCAACCACUGGGUGUACUGGGCCGGGCCGCUGCUGGGCGCCGUGGUGGCCGCGCUGCUCUACGAGUUCGCGCUGUGCCCGCGGCCGCGCAGCCUGGCCGAGCGCCUGGCCGUCCUCAAGGGAGAGCCGCCCGCCGCCGAGCCGCCGCCGGAGCCGCCCGCCGAGCCGCUGGAGCUGAAGACGCAGGGGCUGUAGGCCGGGCCCCGGGGGGGCGCCGGUACCGGGCCCCCGCGCCCGCCCGCGCCUUUGCAGUGACGGGGCCGCCGCGGUGCGUGUGGUGCGUGCGUGUGUGUGCGGCGCAGCGGGCGGGCGGCGGCGGCCACCGGGACCGGGACCGGGACCGAGCCGCCCGGUACGGCGGGGGUCGCUGGGACCGGGCAGGGGCCGCCCCGCCCUGCCCCGCCGCGGCGGGAGUUCUGUGUUCGGUGAAUUAAACCUGCGCUUUAUUUUGG